CAGACUUUCCGGUAGUUUAUCCGCCUCUGGCCCCGUCGCAGUAUUUACGUGACCAUCUCGGACAUCUUGUAGAGCAAGCCCUCUUUUCACUCGCCUAGCUUCUGUUUCGAGCUCACAUUCAGCAUGCCGAGUACAGUCUUCCCCCCCGUUCCCCAUCACGAAAGACUCUCUACUACAACCGAAAGCUUGGAAUGGGCGGACCUUCCUAUCGUCGAUCUUUCCAAAGCGGACACUCCUGAAGGACGAGCUCAGCUUGCUCUUCGAGUUCGCGAUGCCAUGUCCAAGGAAGGAUUUUUCUACGUCAUCAACCAUGGUUUGACGCAGGCGCAGAACGAUCGUAUGUUCGACAUCGCAGACGUGCCGUUCUCUCUCGUUGGAGACGAUGAAAAGAAGAUAUACACUGGUGACUUCGAAAAGACAGGCGUCUAUCUCGGAUACAAAGCAAGGCAGCAUUGGCACAUCAAUGGCGGUGUCCGCGACCAAAUAGAACAGUACAACAUGGAUCGAGACGUCUCAAAGAGCGAGCAUCCGAAAGCUCUCAGGCCAUUCCUCCCGGAGAUCGAUGCCUUCAGCAGAUAUUGCCACUACGAUAUCUUGAACCCUAUACUCAGGCUUUUGGCAUUGGGGCUCGAGCUUCCCGAGGAAACGUUCGUCAAUAUCCAUGGCUUCGAGGACAACAACGAGACUGCCAUUCGAUUCAUGAAAUAUUUCCCCCGUUCCGAGAAAGAAGAGCUCAUCACCGAAAACGUUUGGCUCAAAGGUCAUACCGAUAUCGGCAGUGUCUCCAUGCUCUUCAGCCAGCCCAUCUCGGCACUACAGAUGCUUUCUCCGGAUGGAAAAUGGCGAUGGGUCAAGCACAUAGACCACGCUCUGGUAAUCAAUGCCGGAGACGUGAUGGAGUUCCUCUCGGGCGGUUUCUACAAGGCGACCAUUCACCGUGUCGUGCAGCCUCCCGAGGACCAGCGAGGUUACCCUCGAGUUGGCGUAUUCUACUUUGCCAAGGCGAAUGACGACGUUAAACUCGUCCCGUUCGCCGAGAGCCCUCUUUUGCAGAGGGUUGGCAUCAAGCGGCUGUGCGAUGACGCUGACGCUCCGACGAUGCUCGAAUGGCGCAAGAGCCGAACCAGUGCAUAUGGUUUGACAAAGCUAGAGAAGAAGGAGAACAAUAUCGAGGAGGAGGUCAUCAUUGGGGUCGUUGUGAAGCAUUACAACUAGUCGCUUGUAGAACAUGAGUAUGACUUGUCGGAUUUGUUGCACGUCGACUCCGGAUAACUGUGUUCAUUGGUUCGACAGAUCAUGGUGAUAUCGAAUAACUGUUGGUAGCAAAUAUUGGAAGUGUUCGCUUCUUUUUGCAUUUUGAUUUGAAUGGG